AUUCUUAUCAUCCUGUAACUUUAGCUCGGGGUCUGUGUGUGUUUCCAGAUGCCGCUAGAAGCAAGUCUAAAAUAUGCCUGUCCUGAGAAAACUUAACCAGGUCCUGGUUGUGCUGCUACUGCUGCUGCUGUAUUUGAUUCUUCACAGUUUACUGCUGGGAACCUCCAGUCGACCCAAACCAGACCGCAGGAAGGUCCUCGGUGAUCCAGCACAAACCUCCUCUACUGGAGAGUCAGAGGAUGAUGAUGUCAUCCCUGUUGUUACCUGUGCAUCAGUGGAGCGGGUCGGAGCUACCAUGGCAACAAUCAACAGCAUCGUUAGCAAUACAGAUGCUAAAGUUUUCUUCUACGUUGUGACUCUUCGUGAUGCUGUCAAACUUACCAGGAGGUACAUAGAGAAAAGUAAACUUAAAGGAAUCCAGUAUAAGAUGUUGGAAUUUAACCCGAUGGUUCUACAAGGAAAAGUGAAAGCAGAAACUUCUCGACCUGAACUCUUACAUCCACUCAACUUUGUGCGAUUUUACCUUCCUCUGCUGGGCAUCAGCCAUGAGAGGGUUGUAUACUUAGAYGACGACGUCAUCAUCCAAAGUGACAUUAAGGAUUUGUAUAACAUUAAACUAAAAUCAGGACAUGCUGCUGCUUUUGCCACUGACUGUGACCUSCCUCCAAGUCACGAGAUGGUUCGAAGCAUCGGCAUGCAGACAACCUACAUGGGCUUUCUGGACUAUAGAAAACAAGAAGUCAAAGACUUGGACAUCAACCCCAGUGACUGCUCUUUCAACCCCGGAGUGUUUGUMGCAGAUCUCAAAGAGUGGAAGAAACAAAAGAUCACCAAACAGUUGGAGCAAUGGAUGGAGGAGAAUGUCAGGAAGAACAUUUAUAGCAGUGCCAUGGCAGGAGGUGUGGCGACUCCACCCAUGCUUAUAGUUUUUCAUGACAGAUACACAACACUGGACCCUCUGUGGCACGUCAGACACCUGGGCUGGAGUCCAGAUGCUCGUUAUUCAGAGAGCGUCCUGCGGGAGGCCCACCUGCUGCAUUGGAAUGGCCCACUCAAACCAUGGCAUUACCCUGCUGUUCACUGGGAGUUGUGGGAGAAGUGGUUUGUACCAGACCCUUCUAGAAGAUUCACUCUGACUCGGCCUGAUCGAGACCACUGAGACCUGCUGAGAGUCCUAACUUUGACCCUACUGGAGACCUGAAGUGCUCACAGAGACCCUUCAUUUCUACAUAUUUGCGCAGUGUUCACACAGCUGCUGUGGUUGUUUUUUUUUUUUAAACUCCAACUACUUCAUCAWACUUUCAACUUUUUUAACAGUUAAAUACAGUUGUGUUUGAAGCAAMAACAGCCUGUUUAAAAUUGUGACUAAAGCUCAAACUCUUUA